AUGUCUGAGUGCAUCACGAGCUACAUCCGGGAGCGCCUGGUCGACUUGGACCUGCCAGAGGAUUUCGUUGUCAAGAUCCUCUCUGCUGUGAUAGCAUGCAGCAUCGCCGGAGUGUUCGUCAAGCUGCUCCUCUUCGGUGAGGAGGGCCCGAGGCGAUACACGAUACCGUCGCCGAAAUUCCCCGAGCAGGAACGCAUAGUCGACGAGGCGAGCAUAAAGAUCACCGGAUCAACCGCCCUCCAGUGCUACGCCCCCGCCACAGGCCAAUUCCUCGGCCUCAUCAACCCCUCCACAGCCGACGGCAUCGACCGCGCCAUCGAAGCGGCCGCCGCAGCCCAAAAGAAAUGGGCAACGACCACCUUCCGCGAACGCCGCGCCGUCAUGCGCUCCAUGCUCCGCUACGUCCUCGACAACCAGGAAGAGCUCUGCCGCGUGGCGUGCCUCGACUCGGGCAAGACCAUGGUCGACGCCCAGCUCGGCGAGAUCCUCGUGACGGCGGAGAAGCUCACGUGGACGCUCAAGCACGGCGAGGAGGCCCUCCGGCCGUCUAGGAGGCCGACCAACUUCCUCAUGUCGUAUAAGAGGAACGAGGUGCGCUACGAGCCGCUGGGCGUCGUCGCCGCCCUCGUCAGCUGGAACUAUCCCUUCCAUAACCUCAUCGGCCCCGUCAUCUCGGCGCUGUUCGCGGGUAACGCCAUCGUCGUCAAGGUGUCCGAGCAGACCGCCUGGAGCGCGAGCUUCUUCGCCAAUGUAGCCCGCGGCGCCCUCAUCGCCCACGGCCACGAUCCAGCCCUCGUCCAGCCCAUCGUGUGCUGGCCCCACGUCGCGCCCCACCUCACCUCUCACCCUUCCAUCUCUCACAUCACCUUCAUCGGCUCCCGCCCCAUCUGCCACAAGGUCGCCGCUUCGGCCGCCGAGGCACUCACCCCCGUCGUCGCGGAGCUGGGCGGCAAGGACCCUUCCAUCAUCCUCUCGUCCGCCAAGAACGACCUCGACCGCAUCUCCAAGAUCCUCCUCCGCGGCACGUUCCAGUCCGCUGGACAGAACUGCAUCGGAAUCGAGCGCAUCAUCGUCGCCGACCCGCUCUACGAAAAGAUCAUCGCCCUCGUCGAGCCUAAAGUCAAAGCCCUCCGCCUCGGCCCCAAAGCCGACGUCGGCGCCAUGAUCUCCGACGCCUCCUUCACCCGCCUCGAAAACCUCGUCGCCUCCGCAGUCAAGGACGGCGCCCGCCUCCUCGCCGGCGGCAAACGAUUCCCUCACCCCGAAUUCCCCAAGGGCCACUACUUCCAGCCCACCCUCCUCGUAGACGUGACACCCGACAUGGCCAUCGCCAACGAAGAAUGCUUCGGCCCCAUAAUGGUCAUCAUGCGCGCCCCCUCAACCUCUCCUUCUUCCCGAUCCUCUUCCCCACAAGAACGAGCAGACUCCAUCCUCGCCAUCGCAAACGCGCCCUCCUUCGGCCUCGGCGCCUCCGUCUUCGGCAAAGAAUCCGACCCCGUCCUCCCUCUCGUCGUCUCCGGCCUCCGAACAGGAAACGUCGCCGUCAACGACUUCGCCGCCUUCUACGCCGUCCAGCUCCCCUUCGGCGGAGUCGGUGGCUCGGGCUACGGCAAAUUCGCUGGCGAGGAGGGCCUGCGGGGCCUCUGCAACGCCAAGAGCGUGUGUCACGAUCGCGCGCAGUGGCUCGGUAUUCGGACGGGGAUCCCGCCGCCCGUGCAGUAUCCUGUCGCGGAUCAGGAGAGGAGUUGGAGGUUUACGAGGGGCGUCGUAGAGGUGGGUUAUGCGUUGGGUUUGGGCGGGAUGUUUGCUGGAGUUUUCACUAUUCUUAAGAAUAUGUAG